UAUGAAAGAGAUAUGCAGAGCCGGGAAGAGAGAGGGAACUAUUCUGUGCAAAGUGAGAAGGCGAUUCAGCUGUUUUUCAGUCGGUGCACUCAGGACUGAGAGAGGACAAGUGAGAGAGAGAGUGUAUAUAAGUUUGUGUGUCUGACUGAGAGGCAGAGACAGAGGGAGACAGAGGGAGAGAGCUUUUGCCUGGCUUUUCUUCGCUGUGCCUUUCAGCUCCUCUCUCACUGUAGAAAGAGGCGUGUCCAUGGACCAGUAUAAAGUCCAAGGAGAGUUGUUGAGCCAUUCUCAGCAGUGAGUCCUUUGCACUGCACACCGGCAGCAAGAGGAGGAAACUACAGCCGUGACUUAAAACGCUGCCUACUUUUUGAUGACCCGCUUUGCAUUUGGACACUUGUAGACCAGAUUCUUUGGAAGGCGGGCGAGCCUCUGGACUCGGACACAGAGCAAGGGCUCACCUGGCGGAUAUCCCUGCUGUUCCUUCCACCGUAACAAAAAAAACUAGUUCUUAUCACCACGACACUCGCCAGCUGAGCAGAUCAAGAGGCAGGCUCCAGUUUCUGCGCUGUGAAACUGAAUCAGAGGAACGGAGAGGCUAAGACAGCAGAGGCAUUGUGUCCCUGCAAUUGAAACACUAACCAGCUGAACAUAUCAAAGACUCUCCUGGACAAAGCGUUCCUCUCAAACCUCCUCUUGCUUGUCUUGUAAAAAAAAAAAUCUGCUGCUGAGGUAGAAAGUGAUCAAAAAAAGCUGCACCACACUCAGAGGACAGAGGGAGGCUGAGGGGACCACACAUCAGGGCAGAGGAUUGUGUGCAGGUGCCGGGUGCUGCCAUGGGUCGUGGAGGUGGCGUGGCAGCAGCUCCAUCCUGCUGGGGCCUGUGGGUGUUUGGCGCCCUGUCGCUGGCGGCGCUCUGCCUGUCGGACCAGGCCAUCCGUUGCCCGGUAUGCUCCGAGGAGAGGUUGGCCAGCUGCCGCCUGCCGGAGGGCUGCGAGGAGACGGUGAAGGAGCCCGGCUGUGGCUGCUGUCCCACUUGCGCCCUGCCAAGAGGGGCGCACUGUGGCGUCUACUCGCCCCGAUGUGGGACGGGCCUCCGCUGCUACCCGCCACGUGGCGUGGAGAGGCCACUGCACUCGCUGAUGCAUGGCCAGGGGGUCUGCACCGACGAGAGGGAGGUGGAGGAGAACUCAGCAGUUGACAGGCAGGAAGAGAUCAUCCUCGAACAUCCAAACAACAGCAAUAUCCGGUGCAGUCCGCAGGACAAGCGCUGCAUACAGAAGACUUUGGCCCGACACCCUCCGAAAUCCACAAAUCAGAGAAACAACGCUGCCAGAGAGGACACCAAGGCAGUGCUGGCUCCGUGUCGCGCUGAGCUACAAAGAGCGCUCGAUAGAUUGGCAUCAAAUACUCGCACACAUGACGAUCUCUUCACAAUCCCCAUACCGAACUGUGACAAGAAUGGAGACUUCCACCCUAAACAGUGCCAUCCUGCUCGUGACGGCCAGCGGGGAAAGUGCUGGUGUGUGGAUCAGAAAACGGGGAUGAGGCUGCCGGGGCCGCUGGAGCUUCGAGGGGAUCUGGAUUGCCACCAAUUAAUGACAGCAACACUGAGGGACUGAGGAGGGAGGCAGUGGCGGUGCAGGACCAGCUGAAUCCUAGUGGUGCUCAUUAGUAGAACUACAUGACUAAAGGACUUCAUCCUUAGGCCUCACUCUACGUGAGGCCAACGGUACUUGAGCUUGUGCAACAAAAAAGAAACCAUUGAAUUGAGUUCUUUUGCUAUUUUUUGUUUCUGUGUGUGAGAGUGUGUGAUCCGAGUCUUCUGAGCACUUGUGUUUUGUUUUCUACAAUGUGAACUUCAGGCUGACGGUCUUUAGACACAUACGCUUUAAAGUACCAGGUGGCAGACAGAAAAAAAAAACACACACUUCCAGUUGUAGUUGUGAUCUUUGUAAGAAUGCAGAGUGUGUUGUUUUCUCUAAUCUAACUUCAGUGUAGCUCUUAAAAAAAAAAAAAGACAAGAAAAUGUAUCCACUCCACCCAGUAAUCAAACCAGGAGCUGUUAGUCUUAUUCUUUCUGGAGCUGCAUAAGGACAAUCCAGAGAUGCUCCAUCAAAGGAUUGUGCACUCGUUUUUCAAACAAUUUGUGUGGCUCUUUAUUCUACUGUUGUAUAUUUCGUACACCCCACCCGUCUGGUAAGUAGGUUAAGGCAAACCAUAAAAUGUGUUUGCACAAAGUCUAGUUAAGGGACGACAACCAGAGUUGCAAUAAAAGAUGAAACAAUGAAAAAAGAAGAAGCAGGGUUUACAAAGGAAUGCAAGAACCCACCCCCUCCUCCCUUCCAUGUUGAGUUACCGAAUGAUAAGCCAUAGCUUUUCACACCAUGGAGACCAAAGUGAAAAGUGAGAUUAGUCUGAAAAGCUGUAUCUCUGCAACCCAGAAUAGAUUUGCUUCAUCACCCUGUGGUUCACUCUGCACCCCUCUCUCUUUGCCAGCCCUCUUGCAUGAAGGACUGGCAGCGUAGCUGGGCUAGAAACUCUGUACGCUGCUGAUAGGAUAAUCCUGUUUCUCCAGCUGGUGCUAAGAUGCCAGUAUGACUCUCGUGUUUGUAUGAAUAUGCUUUGACAUACAGGAUUUCUCUCCAAACAGACUGCUUGGCAGAACUUUGAUGGUGCUACAUAUUGAUUGUGCCAAAAUACAAAACAACAACAACAAAAAAAGCUUCUGCACUUUUUGUGCAUUGUUUAGGUUUGAAAGUGGAGCAUCAGCAAGUGUUAGAAUCACCUUCAAUGUUCUCAUCCACAUAUAAACAUCCCAUAUUAGCUUUGCACUAUCACUGCAGCGCACUAGCAGAAUGUUUCCAUGGCCAGGCAUGAUGUGUUUUAAAUAUAGACGCAGAGUGUAAAAACUUGUAAUGAUUAAGCUUCUGGCAGCCAACCAACCUCUAGCUAUCAUGGUGUGGCUGUAACGACAACACGAUGAUAAUGAGGAAACCGGGAAUUCCUCUGUUAAUCUCAGCCAUCUGUAGAGCAUCAUAAUAUCGACUGAAGGAGUGUAUUAACAGUGACACAGCUGCUCAAACACAUACUGUAGAGACCGUGGUUGGAGACUGGUGGUGUUCUGCUGAGUUCCGAGUUGCAGGUUUAAGCUGUAUGGAGCUGAAUGGAGACGCUGCUUUAUCUGCUCCACCUCUGGUUAUCGUUGACUCAAGAAAAGAUUACUGGUGUCGGUGGCACCACAGAGAAGGGGCAAUAAGCAAAGUAGCAUCACCGCGUUAGUGUGCCAAGUGCAGCGUAAUGAUAUCAGAGAUGUUGAAAAGAAAAAUAGUCCUUUACUCUCAUACAACAGAUUUUUGGCUCCACCAUCUGAUUUGACCUCGACAUCACUGAAGUCUUAAAGUUGAGUAUUAGAGCCCAAGAAACUGAGUUAACAUCCACAUGAAUACGUUUUCAUUUUAAAAUGCCUAAUUUCUGCAAGCGUCCACACAUUUCUGGCAUUUAGAAAUCCUAAAACAGAGAGUUAUGAAAAUUCUAAGGCUGUGUUGAAGUCUAAACUGACAAAAAAGGAAGACUUUUAGAAGCAAUGUUGCAGACACCCAUGUUUCUAUUUGAUUAAUCGUCACUUCAUGUUAUUUCCUGAUUCUUCAAGCUCCGGUCACACGACAGAAAGAAAACAAAGACGUCAGUUCUGACCACCAGUGGUUAAUUUAAUUCAAUACGGAUAAUGAAUAACAGGCAUUGUCUCUGUUAGCGUCUGAUGUGAAGUUCAGGAACUCCUCUAGUCUUACUUUUGACCAUUCCUUCUCUUCCUCUGUACUAUUUUCAACAACUAAGCAACCAGCCGCCUGCCUCAUGUUAACAUCGGCACCCACAUAUCCAAUGUAUGUUCAUGAGAAACGCCUUUUCCAGCAUGUUAUAAAAAAACAAACUGAAAUAGUUGUAAAAUGUUUGUGUGGACAGGCAUUGUUUUUGUUCCAAAAGUCCAUUCUAAAAUAAAAAUAUAUUAGUGUGGAACUGAACAGAAAUAACAAAAGUGCCAUGAUAGCUAUUAGUAGUGGUAGUAUUAAUUUUUGCACACUUUUCCUCAGCGAAUCUGGUUUAAUUUCAGAAGUAUGCACUUCUCUAAUUUGCUUAUCAUCCCAUUCAGUAAAACAUACAGCCUUCAAAGGGGAGUACUAUGUAGCAAGAAUAAUGUUACCAUGAGGUGUGCAGAGCUUAAAUUCAGAGUUUUUAAUGUCACAAAGGUGGAUCUCUUUCAGUUUGUCAGAUGAUCACGGUAACUGAUGCUGCUCAGGGUUUGGGAUAUAAAUCAGUUGUAAGCAGUGUCUCCCUUUCGCCAGUUCUUUUCCAGAUGAUUCUCUCUGAGCGAUACAGAGUCUCAGCUAUAGUUUUAUCUCCAAACCUAUUGAGUUGUAUGCAUUGUGUUGCCAUGGUAACCUACAUGCAUUCAGCUGGGGAUGCAGCAAAUGCAAAACUGUUUAUAUGCUUGAUCCUGAUUUGAUGCCAAGUCUGUUUUACACUGCUGAAAUUGCAACAAAUUUUCAAUGAAUAAUAUUAAUUUCACUUUGAUUUGGUCAAAAGUGACUUUCAUGUUUGCGUCAUUAUGGGUCAAUGUCAAACCAAAAUGCACUUCUUGAUGAAUAAAUGUAUAACGUGUAGAAGCUCCAAUGUGCAGAUGUCAUGUUAGAAAUAAGCAGCUACAUUGAGAGUCACUGAGCGGUAAAAUAAAUACAGAAGCUUAGAAUAAUUAACAGUUUUCUACCAGUGUUCCUCUCUGGCUUUAUUUGCAGUAAAGUGUUGUUUUUAGUCAUUAUAAACUGAAUAUCCUUUAUAGCUCUCCGUUAUAGCAUCCUGCUCCUCCUUACUGAAGUCAGCAGCACAUGAUUGAUGUGUUUUCUAAGUCAAACAUCUUCAUUUAUGUGACCGUGCGCAGAAUCUGGUGAAGAAAACCUGGUUAACAAAGAAACCACUGUUAUCUCUGUUUGUGGUUUUAGGUUUUGAUGAGCCAGAUAACACAAAGAAAGCCUGGAUAUGUUAAACUUGCUUCAUAGUACAGCCCUGCUUAUGUUGCUCUCUCCCAGUAAUCUCAUCCCAGCUAACUAAAAAACAGCUGCCGCAAAACAAAUCUGAUUAAUUUUCUCUCGUCUUCAUUUUCUUGAGGGCUUCUUUUUGAUUUAGCUACACUCAUGACAUUUGAAUUAAAGAAAAAAAUACCGAGACUUACACCUUGUACUGAUGUAAUGACGACUGAAGGGAACUUCUUUUCUUGUCUCUGUGUUAGUUGAGUUGUUCUGUAAUAUAUAGUACCACACUGUUGGUCCCUAGUUAUUAACCAAACUGCAAACUGUAAGGAAUUGAAUCCAGUCACUGAAGCUCAGUUUUUACUAAGACAGUGUUUGUGCAGUUUUAUUUGUCAGUAACAAAGAACUGUAUCCAAAGGAAGUUCACCAAAACACAGACGGACGGACGGACGGACGGACGGACGGACGGACGGACGGACGGACAGACAGACAGACAGACAGACAGACAGACAGAAAGAAGGUGGUGGAGAAUCGUUGCUACAGCUAAAAAUGUCAAACACCAAAUAUCCUAAAAAUCGUUCCAAAGACUUCAAGCACAAAGACGUCAAUACUCAUUCAGUGAACUGCAUGCGCACAAAGAACAUUCCAGCAGAUUCCUAUAUUGUAAUUCAUCAGCUAAUGAAGUGUAACUAAACACAUUUUGAACAGUCUUAAUCUUUGAGAGAGAUGGCAAACAGUUUUGGCUUUGAUUUGGUAAAGAAAAGCCUUCUAACUACAUAAACGGUGUACUUAAGCUAUAGUAAGCUGCUUGAUCUCUAACUUUGCUGUACUGAACUGUAAUUGCAUUUCUCCAGAAUAGACUGUUCCUUGUUUGCAUUUGAUAUUAUCUGUUAAUGUGUAGAAGAUAUGAAGUAAUGUUUGCAUGCGUACGGACGGACUGGGGUUGGAAGCAGCUGGAAACAGCUGUGUGUAUCUUGUCCACAACAGGAUUGUUAUACUCAUACACUGAAGUGAUCAAAGAACUGAAAUAUAGAGUUUCAAUCAAUGAAAUAAUCAGUUACAUUGUAAAUGUUUACCUGAUGAAAAUGUACACAUUGUAAUACAUCAAUUAAAACACUUUAGAAACUA